AUGUCCGAUGGUCAGGAAACGGUGCCGGAAGGAUGGGAAAAGCGUACCAGCCGUUCCACAGGGAUGACUUAUUAUCUUAAUGUGUACACCAAAGAAUCCCAGUGGAAUCCACCUACGGCACCCGCGGAACCGGCUAACACUAACGAACCACAUGAGGUGCAGUGUGCACAUCUGCUCGUAAAACAUAACAAAUCCCGCAGGCCAAGCUCGUGGCGAGAGGAAAACAUCACGCGCAGCAAGGAUGAAGCGCUGGAAAUUCUCGAAUCGUACCGCAAAAAAAUUCAAUCCAACGAAACGACGCUACAGGAGCUCGCACAGCGAUACUCGGACUGCAGCUCGGCCAAACGCGGUGGCGACUUGGGCAUGUUUAAGCGUGGCAUGAUGCAGAAACCGUUCGAGGAUGCUGCGUUCGCGCUGAAGGUGGGCGAUAUGUCCGAUAUUGUCGAUACGGAUUCGGGAGUUCAUUUGAUUCUUCGGUUAAAAUAG